AUGGGACGUCAUCCGAAAGGGCCCUACUGGAGUCUUCCUCGUGGGGUGGGAGAAGGAGGGAGAGAGAGAGAGAGAGAGAGAGUACUGGGACUCUCUAGCAAAGAGACAGAAAGGAAGGAGAUGGCAGCGCUUAUCCCCGAGGAGCGGCUGCAAGCCGACCGACUGUCUCCAGAGGCGGAACGGGGUGAGCAACUUCAGCAGCUGGGAAACGAGGAAGGGGCUGUCGCCUUAGUGGAACCUGGAUCUGGGAAGCUGCAAGUAACUGCUUUGGGUAAGAAGCGGAAGGAGGCACCACCUAUCCCCAAAGGAAAGCCUAAAUCUGGGCGGGUAUGGAAAGACCCCGGCAAAAAGCGGUUUUCCCACAUGAUCCAGGACAAGCCUUUACAUACUUCCUGGCAACAGAAAAUGAAAAUCCGUCAGGAAAAGAAGCUAAUCAAAGAUUUUGCCCAGGAGUUGAAGGAACAAAAACAAAGAGAGCGUGAGGAGAAAAAACAGCGAAGGAGGGAUAACUUAAAAAGAAGACUAGAAAAUGAGAGGAAAGCGGAGGUUGUACAAGUGAUUCGAAAUCCCUUAAAACUGAAGCGUGCAAAGAAGAAACAUUUGCGGCGUAUUGAGAAGCGAGACACGCUGGCCUUGCUGCAGAACACCCAGGCACAACCUAAAGCAUCCAAGCAAUAAGAGAGCGGAAGUCUCUUUUGUAGCACAUUGAAAGACUUCUUGAAAUGCACAAGUUGAGACACAGAAUCCAGUGUACAAAGAGAGGUUGCUCUAUUGGCGUCUCUUGCAAUCAGCAAGAGGACCUUCCCUACCCUUCCUGCAAAAUAUGUUAUUGUAUCCGAAUAAUUUCUCUUCUCAUAGAUUUGGUAUUAAAAGAACAAA